CCUUAAGAUUUUAAUACUCGCUUGCAAAGAUUUUUACUCUGUCCAGCCCCCUCCCCCCGAUAUGCGCCUUUGAGUCUUGGUCACUUCAUAAACAGCACAGUUUCACAGCGAGGAAAGUUUUGAGAAUCGUACAGCAUUCGAGAUGUCAACCACACAGACAGCAUCUGUCAACACAGACCUUCCCAAAUCACACCGCCUGUUUAAGUUUUACGACCCUGAAGUGGUUGCGGUAAUGGCAAUAUUACUUGGUUUGUUUCAAGUUCUUUUGGCUGCGCCAACUUACAGCAGCAUCACUGAUAUGAGGUUUUUGUUUCUCUGCCCCCUGUGUGGUGGUUGUGUGUCUCUGCUUGCUGGGUCAUUAAGUAUGGCAUCUGAAAGAACUCCUAGCAGGCAACUGUUAAGAAAAUGUCUCUUUGCUGGUAUUGCUAGCCUGGGGAUGGCACUGAUUGCUCUUGCUCUGUAUGCCUAUGCUGCAAGUAACACUCCAGACCAUUCAUCUUGCCAAGAGCAUGACCUUAAUUUAUGUCCAGAAUAUGUAUUUCACAAUUUCUACAAAGCGAUCUCUGGGCAGCUAUUGUUUUAUGAUGUUGUAGCUCUGGCUGUUAAUGGUUUCUUAUCACUUUCUGCAUUCCAAGGACUGAAAACCAACUGAUAUAACAUUUUAUAUGCUUUUAUAUACAAUGCAUCUCUUUGUUUAAAAGUAACAUAAAUGACCUCACUUUUAUAUUUUCAUUUGUAUUGUUUUUUGUUUUGUUUUGUUUUGUCUAGCCUAUAUAACCAAGAGGCUUUACAUGUAAUAUUUUUUCCCACUAGUGGCUAUUACCUCUGUAAUAAUGUAACCAUUCUAUAAACAUAAAUAAACUCACAAGUUGUUGAAAUAA